ACACACACACACAAGAUAACGGCAAUAUAAUUUCCCCGUUUGCAGAUUAUAUUGUGUAAAACUGAAUUCAGUCCAUUUGGCUAAACAUUGUUCAAAUGUUGUUAAGCGGCGAAUGGCUUCUCACGUGAAUAUUGUGGUUUACACGGCUAUCACUUUCUUAAUUUAACGGGAUACUUCAAAAUGUGUUAUAGAAUAGUAUUUGUAAUUCUUUGUGUCAUUAAUAUAAACUUAAUUGACUGUAAACGGAAUGUUUUCCCAUGUGGGCCGAGGUAUGCAUGUGCAUGUGAAAACAACACUGACAACGGAAUGGCAAUGGACUGUGAGGGCAGGGGUGACCUGAGGCUGUCGGAGAUAUGUUUUGACAUUUCCAGCAAGGGAUUUGCAUCCGUGGUUCUAAGGGCAGGAAGAAACAAUUUGGGAAACGUCAUUGCUUCGGACCUUAAAGGAUGUGAAAACCUUACCGAAUUAUACUUAAAUUUUAACCAAAUAUCGAUCGUUGAACAGGACACUUUUCAGGAUUUCCAUCAAUUAUUCAAAUUAGAUAUAUCCCGAAAUUUGCUACCGGUGUACAGCGGAAACUGGAAUUCAUAUUUUCUACCGAACACAUUAAAGACGCUCAAGGUUCAUGGAUGUCAACACAUAGUUUUUCUAAAUGCUUCAUUACCUGACUUUGACGAUCAGAAAAACUUAAGCAGUCUCACAAUGGAUGGCUAUCCAAAUGUCUUGUUCAACUUUUCAAAAAUAACACAACUUUCUCUUUCGGGAUUGAACUUCCAAACCUACUGUAACCUCUCCCGAAUAGACAACAAAACGUUCUCGCAUUUGAGAUCGCUCAAAGUUCUCAACAUAUCUGCAUGUGGAAUCGAUAGCAUCACAGCAGGAGCCUUCGAACAUCUUCACGGUCUUGAGGUUCUCGACCUUUCUUACAACCGACAGCUGGGGAUGAAGGCAUUCGCGAACAUAACGUAUGGCUUACAGUUUUCGAUGAUCGGCUUCUUGAACGUAUCCUUCGUUUUAAACACAUUUGGAAUUGGCAUCGAAGUUACUGUGUCGGAUCUGUGCUACUUCUGGAACACAACAGUUGAACAUUUUGACAUAUCGGGGAAUAGAAUCGAGGUUAUUGAAACAAAUGCUCUUAUACUAAUUCCGCACUCGAUGAAAACACUACGCAUAGAUAUGAACAAAUUCACGUUUGGUCCAUAUUUACUGCAACUCGGCUGCAUGAAAAACGUUCACACAGCGGUUGGUUCAUAUUUAAAUUACGCUUUUAAUCCCAUAAUAUAUACCGCUGAGCACGUUAAGGAUUUUCAUAGACCCCCAAUCGACAUGGGUCAGAACUCGUGUUUUUAUUGCAAUAAAUCGUUUUUGAAAGAAAGGGCAAAGUCUUCCGAAGAAUGUCUCUACUUUGAACCUGAUUUUCACAACGUUUAUGAUGGUCCUCGGUUACCAGUUAAAUUGGAGAACGUUAUUUUCAAUGACUGCAAUUUUUUUUAUAAUUUUAUUUUAGACAUACAAUUUAAUUUCGAGCAAACUAAUAAUUCAAUCCGGUUCAUUGAUAUUUCGGGAAAUGUGUUUAAGUCGUUAACAGGAUAUUUUGGUCAUCUUCCUUAUGUGGAAAUUUUCAAUAUAUCUCGCUGUUCUAUUAAAACAAUCGGACCCGAUACUUUAAAUUUCACAUCAUUGAAAGUUUUAAGACUCUCCCAUAAUGAAUUAGGUUCUCAAAUGGCGGAUCCAAAUCGAUCAAAUAUAUUUGAUAAGCUGCAAUCUCUUCAGGAUUUAGAUCUUUCGUUCAAUGGGAUAACAGUACUGUUUUCACCGACAUUUGCAAUGUUGCAUAGUUUGAUACGUGUAGACUUGAGUAACAACAAUAUUGAACGUUUCGAAAUAGGAAUUAAUAUGUUAUCCAAUCUUUUGUCAUUGAACUUGUCUGUCAACUCGAUACAUACGCUUUCUAUUAGCGUACAGCAUCAACUUGAAUCGAAUGAAAACAUAAAUUCUACGUUUUUGGUGGACUUACAAAAUAAUUCAUUAACAUAUGAUUGCAAUAAUCAAGACUUUCUACACUGGUUGUUGAAACAUAAAGAUAACAUGUUUGGAUUUGAUAACUACAAAUUCGUUACAUCAGACAAUAAUGUUUUGAAUUCCAAAAAGUUUUGCGAAGACAUUGGAAACCUUGCAUCUAGGUGUCAAUCAUACACGGUUGUCAUAGCUAUUUGUUGCAUAGCCAUGGCGACAUUCAUUUCACUAGUUACUGGAGGAGUUAUAUACAAAAAUCGAUGGAAACUUCGUUACUUUAUGUACAUGUCAAAGAAGAGAUAUUUUGGUUACAGAAGGUUGCCGGAUUAUACUGUCAUUGAGAACUAUAAAUAUGACGCGUUUAUCUCCUACUCUGAAGACAAUAUACGUUUCAUUCGAGACGAGUUCAUACCACGAGUCGAGACAGAACACGUGUUACUUUGCAUUCACCAGCGGGACUUUCUUGCUGGGAACGCAAUCUCAGACAACAUCAUAAAUGCUAUCGACAGCAGCAGAAAAACGGUAGUUAUAUUGUCGAAUUCUUUUCUGAAGAGCAAGUGGUGCAUGUACGAGUUUAACAUGGCGCGAAUGGAGAGCAUAUAUUCUAGAAGUGAUAACGUGUCUCUUGUUAUAGUUAUGAUAGAACAAGUGCCCCAUAGCGCUAUGCCGUUGGAAAUGGUACGAUGGAUACAGGACAAUAAUUACAUAGAAUACACAACGGAUCAAGAGGGCAACACACUUUUUUGGGAAAAACUUCAUAAUGUUAUUAAAUCAUUGUAAAAAUUACUUUUCUUUUACUUGUUUCUAAAACAAAAGCAUGGAUGCAUGGUCUUUUUCUUUUUAAAGUCAUAGGCCGGAGUGCAUAUUUCUUUGAAUCAUUUUGAUGUGUUUUCAUUGAUUAUAACUAUGAACAAAUAUAUGUAGCUAGCGUUGAUAUUAAUAUUGUGUUUCGCUGUUGAAAUGAAGAUUGGAGGUUAAGUUUAAACAUGUAUUUGCAUGAUGAACAGACAACAUGAAUUAUGCAUUUUUCUACGUGCUUUGUUGGGACUAUCAAAUCAUCCCAUAUACUUUCUAUUGCAAUACGAUUUUAUAAAUUAUUUACGUUGUUGCAUUGUGGUAGCGACAAAAAAUCAAUAUUAGAUUUAUGUAAAUGACAUAUUAUUGAGUAUAAAUGAGUAAUUUUUUCUUUAAUCUUUCACAUUACACUUACGUAUUUCAAAUUCCAAUCCAUGACACGUAACUUUAACUUUCUUGAGUAUAUAUUUUAAUUGUAUUGUAAACAACGACAUGCAUAUUUGUACCACUGUUAGUAAACAUAUAGAUAGGUGCAACUCCUUAUUUUUAUUUAGAUCAACAAUCAUAAGUAAAAUGUUAAUAGUAUUUGUGUAAAUUAAAUAUACUUUAAAUGUUAUAUUUCUGAUCGCUAAGGCCACAAACAAUUAAUAACAUUUUCGUCAAAUUUACCACUUCUUGUAAUUGUCAUACAAAGAUAUUAUUUUGCCUCGAACCAAUGUUCUUUUUCCAUUGAAAAUAGUCGUGGUAGUUUUUUUUAAUGAAUAAACGCAAUGAUACGUGUGCAUGCGUUUGUAUUGAGAAGAUAUUAAUUUCAUUAUAUAAAGCUGUUGGGCGAGAAUCUGUGGAACAACUGAUCAAAUUUUUUUUAAUUGUCGGUAUACAGAGAACUCUCUUGAGAACUUUUAACAGAUUGAUCACUUAUAACUUAUAAGUUAUAAGUCAGUGCUUACAUGUGAAACUUAUAAAGUAACCAUUCCGGAAUGGGGUCAGAUUUCUUUUCAGGUAAAUACUGGAGAAGAGUAAAGGUUGGCCGUUUUGAAAAAUCAUUUAAAUUUGUCAAAGAUGUACUCGUUUUAUCGAUAGUAUCGCGGUUUACUUGUUAUAAAUGUGUGUGUGUUUAACAUAUUAAAAAAGAUUCUCAUUUUUGCUUGCAAAUCCUUAUCACAUGUCUUAUGUCUACAAGUAAAUUUACAUAAAGCCCUGAUCUUAAAAAAUGUUCGGUAUUUUUGUUCAACGGGCGGUAUUUCUGGUAUUAAUUGUAAAAACGUUGACUUUGACCGACUCUUGUCUGCGUCAUCGGACAAUGAUUAUUGUUCUGCAGUUUUUCCUCCGCAACUGUUUAAAGUUUUAUUUGAAUGUAUAACUGACAUCUCGCCAAAUGUCAAUCAAAUUCUUAUCCAAAUAUAGAUCUACCAAUCAGCGACCUGUCCGCCAUUUUCUAGACAAGCCGUAGGGCUUGUUCUCAUUUAUUCAACGAGUUUCGUUUAUUUUGUUUGAAAAAAAGGAAAUAAAAUAUAAAGAAAC